UGUGAACAGGAUCCACCCUCCACACCUGCCACCAUGAGUGACUGCUGCUGCUCCCCUUGCUGCCAGCCCACCUGCUGCCAGCCCACCUGCUGCCAGCCCACCGGCUACAGGACCACCUGCUGCAGGACCACCUGCUGGAAACCAGCCUGUGUGACCUGCUCCUGCACACCCUGCUGCCAGCCCAGCUGCUGUGGCUCCAGCUGUGGCUCCAGCUGCUGCCAGCCCUGCUGCCAAACCACCUGCUGCAGGACCACCUUCAAGCCCACCUGUGUGACCAGCUGCUGCCGCACACCCUGCUGCCAGCCCUGCUGCUGUGUGUCCAGCUGCUGCCAGCCCAGCUGCUGUGGGUCCAGUGGCUGUGGGUCCAGCUGCUGCCAGCCAGUUUGCUCUGGACCCGUGUACUGCACAAGGAGAUGCUACCACCCCACCUGUGUCUGCCUGCCUGGUCGCCUAGGCCAGGGCUAUGGAUCCAGCUGCUGCCAGUCUUGCAGUUGUUGAUCAAUUUAUCACAGACCCUGCUUGCCUGCCCCACUUUGCAUUAUCAGAUCUGCCAUAUACCCUAAUAUGGCAAACCCACUCCCCUUUCUCUACUAGUAAUGCCCAUACUGUCAUCAAACCGUCAUCAUCUUGCUAACAGAUUCUGAGCUUCCUCAGCAAGUACAGUCUUAUCUACUUUUGAUAUUCUCUUCAUUUAGUUUGCUGCUUGUCAAUGUCAUCUCUUCUUGAUCUGGAUCCAUGGUCUCAGUCUUUACAAAGUGAUUAUUGACUUUUUAAGCUAAGAAAAAAUUUUAAAUUAUAAAGAAAACACUCAGAACUAACUUUCUCAUUAGGUCUUUGUGAUGAUACAUACCAAUCAUUUUGUUUUGAUGACUCAUUUUGCAGUGCUUUCAUGACAACUCUGUUUUGUCAUGUUAGUUGACAAUUGGCUUCUUAAUAAAAUCUUCAUUGUUUUACUUCCUA